AUGGCGUCGUUCUGGAGCCACUCAAUCCUCCGGCCACCGACUUCCGUUCCCGCCAAAACCCCAAUCUCCGGCGGCAUUAACCUGCGCGCCGACUACCUUAUCCUGCGCGCCCGUGCGCCAUUCAUCACGGCGGGAACCCUUUCACGACCUCCGGGAGCGGUCUUACCUCAGACGUACGUCUAUCCUGGCCCCAUCGCUGAAUUGCAGAUGAGGCUUUCAAAGGAGAAAGAUACAUUUGGGGAUGAUCUUCAGACGGUUGUCAGUAUCUGCGCAGAGAUACUAAGUGAUUUCCUGCAUAAAGACUAUGGAGGACCUGGGACUUUACAAAUCGAGCCUUUUACAGAUAUGAUGGUGGCACUAAAGGAGGAAAAAUCUUCCCAGUGCACCAUUAGCCGCUCGAUUUUCGUUACUUUGGGCACAGAAUCAUGUCGACAAGGAUUGGGCAACUUGGAACACCAAAUCACCACCACACGUAUGAUGUCAGUUUAUUGA